AUGAUUAAAUCAGCAGUUUUACUUUUACUGGUGGGUGGUAUCUGUUCUCUGAGCCAUGAAACUGUUAAAGUGAGGAUCAGCCAACAUGCUGUGGACUACAUUAACGAGGAGAUAAGAAACGUUAUCCCCACCAUCGAGGCAGAACUACAGAACUUCCCUUUACCUCAGCUGUCAGGACAGGAUUACAGACUGUACAAUUUGAAGCUCCAAUCCUCAAAGAUCGGAAGUUCCACCAUUAAGUUCCAGGACAACGGGCUGAGGAUUAAAAUACAGAACAAUCACUUCGUUCUCGGAGGAAACUUCUGGAUCCAGAAAAUAAUUGGAAUCCAGGGCAAUGUAAAGAUCAGUGCAGCCAAUUUCAAUGUCGACACAACCAUCGAUUACAACUAUAACAACAGAAACAACCGCUUGUCCCUCAAAGAUUGUAGGAUUAACAUUGGAAGACUGGAUAUCGACCUCUACAAUCCUUUCCUGAAUUUCAUUCUGAAUGUGCUCGGAGGAGCGAUUCGUGACCAAGCAAGCAAUAUGAUCUGCAAUGCUGUGAAGAACAGUGCAAUACCCGCAGUCAACAAAGCUUUUUCUAAUCUCCCAGAUGAUUACGAUAUCGGAAGCGUGGCUAAAAUCAAGUUUACACCUGGCGAAGGAAGCGUUACCGCGACCCAACUCGUCUCAUCCUACUUUGCAGCAGUGCAGCCAGUGACUGGUACAGUAGACUGGAAGUUCAAAGAGCAGGCCCUCCCCUCUGGUGGGUACACGGGACAGUGUUGCUUCUGGGCUUCCGAGUUCCUCCUCAACACCGCUCUCGGCACUCUCAUGCCUCCUGGCAAAAUCCAGACUACACUCGACGCUGCUCAAAUGGGAGGGUUACCCGCAGCUCUGGAGGUUAAGAUAGCGAACAGUGCUGCUCCGGUAGUGUCUCUGAACCCGGAGAAAGUGUACAUCUCCACGGCAGUGAACGUCACCGUGUACGGAGAGGAGGAGGGGAGUAGGAUCAACUUGGGGAGGUACUCCACAGAUUUCCACCUCCACAGUGACACCAACAUCUCUUACGAGAGUCUCAGGGAUCUUGUUAAACAGCAGAUCAACUACCAGCUACCCGUGUUUGAGAAACGAGAAGCGUGUAUUGAUAACGACAGCAACUGUGCCUGGUGGGCAGGUCAGGGGGAAUGUAAAGCUAACCCUAACUACAUGUUGGCAAACUGCAAGAAAUCCUGUAAAGUCUGCACUGACGACAAUUCAAUGAAAAAAGAGAAGUCCCCAGUCGAGUAUCUUCUGAACGACGUGCUGCCCUCCAGCGAAUAUGUACAGUUCUAUGAUGCACAUUCGGACAUGCUUCAAGGAGCCUCUAGAACGUGUGGAAAGUUCCGACCUACGCAGAAGACACGCCAAAUGAUACACGACAAGAUAAGAAAUCUCCUCCGAUCUCAGAGAGCAUGAUUGUUCAACUAGAUCGUUUGAAAAUUAGAUAUUUUUCCGAGAAAACCUGAGAGCAAUAA